AUGAGCGCGGCUUUCCAGCCCUCGCUGAUGAUGAUGCAGCGCCCGCUGGGAAGCAGCACGGCCUUCAGCAUCGACUCGCUCAUCGGCAGCCCCCCGCCGCCCGCCCCGGGCCACUUCGUCUACACCGGCUACCCCAUGUUCAUGCCCUACCGGCCCGUGGUGCUGCCGCCGCCGCCGCCGCCGCCGCCCGCGCUGCCGCAGGGCGCGCUCCAGCCCGCGCUGCCUCCCGCGCACCCGCAUCACCACCAGCUGCCCAGCCUGCCCAGCGGCUUCUGCUCCAGCCUGGCGCAGGGCAUGGCCCUCACCUCCACCCUCAUGGCCACGCUGCCCGGCACCUUCCCGGCCUCUCCCCAGCAGCACCAGGAGGCCGCCAGGAAGUUCGCGCCCGCGGGUAACUUCGACAAGGCCGACGGGCUGCCCCCGGACGGCGGCGGCGACGACGGCAAAGGCUUCCUGGGCAAGGAGGGCGCCCUGCUGCCCUUCCCCGCCGCCGACGCCGUCCAGGCCUCCCUGGCCGGGGCUCUCCGCGCGCAGAGCAAGGACGAUGCCAAGGCGGAAGAGGAUGCGAAAGGCAAGGAGGAAAGUUUCUCCAUGGACAGCGAUCUCGACUACAGCUCCGACGACAACGUCCCCGGGCAGGCGGCCCACAAGGAAGAGGACUCUGGCACGGCCCUGGAGGAGAACCCCCAGCACCCCCCCGGCUCCAGCAGCACCACCUCCACGGGCAAGAACCGGCGGCGGCGGACGGCCUUCACCAGCGAGCAGCUGCUGGAGCUGGAGAAGGAGUUUCACUGCAAAAAGUACCUGUCCCUGACGGAGCGGUCGCAGAUCGCGCACGCCCUCAAACUCAGCGAAGUGCAGGUCAAAAUCUGGUUCCAGAACCGGCGGGCCAAGUGGAAACGGGUCAAGGCGGGCAACGCCAACUCCAAGACGGGGGAGCCGUCCCGCAACCCCAAGAUCGUGGUGCCCAUCCCCGUGCACGUCAGCAGGUUCGCCAUCAGAAGUCAGCACCAGCAGCUGGAGCAAGCCAGACCCUGA